UUCAGAUUCUCUCGCUUUGGUGCCACCACUAUGCAUACCGACAAGCUAUCUACUACAGUAGAGCAGCCGCCAGCAAUGCAACCACAAGUUAGCCAGUAGCUACAAGAAACUGAAGCCAAGAAGCCCACUUUUGCAUUGUACAGGAAGGCCCGGAUACAACAUCCUCACUUUUUUCUGUUGUCCUCGAGCCAAUACUUUCAUACAUAUUGUCACAUACGGUAGGUCACAUAGAAAGAGCAACGAACGUUAGCAGCAGUAUCUAGACUAUCUAUCAUGUUCAGCACUAGCAGAUCCUCCACCGCGGUGAAUAACCAUGCCAAAGCCAAGGAUGCUCCCACGCGUCGCAUGGACCGCAACGACAAGAUGUUGCUGAGAACGUCGGAUUGGGUAGACAACUCGGAGAAGAGCUUGAGACUCGAAGACAAGGUCUCUUUGGCCGAUGCCAAAGCGGCCUUUCUCCAAGGCUUGGUGGUCUACGUGGGCAAGGUUCACUUUGCCAGGGGCACGUACGUGGGCAUUCAGCUCACGGGUCCUUCGAUUGGGCGUGGAACGUGCAAUGGUGUCUAUCAGGGAAAGAAAUACUUUGCGGAUGUUGGCAAGAACAACGGGAUCCUGGCACCCAUUAACAAGGUACACCGGCGGUUGGCCAUGAAGACGGGAGAUCCCUUGGUGGAUCGAGCGCAGCAACGAAGAGCUUCGGAAGAAGCCCGAAUGGCCGACUUGCAGUUUGUCGAUGCCCUCACCGAGUCACGUUCCUUGGCCAUGCUCCGGGAAGCAGAAGAACGUCACAACAAGAAAACCUUGGCGGGUCUCAUGGGAAUGGUCAAGGAAGAAACCCACAUUACACGUCUCAAGCAACUCCGUCUCGCCGAGCUCAUGCGCAGUCGCGGACAAGAUCCCGACUAUGUCAUUACGGCGGUCGAAGGAGAUAUCAAUGCUCCCGAUCUCAAGUACGCGUCGCGGGAUUCGCCCCUGCAGCAGUGUGAUUUGGAUCUGGCCGAGGGACUCGAGUACACCCAGCAGAACUUUUGUCUCUCUGAUCCCACAUUGCCGGACAAUCCCAUUACGUUUGCGUCCCAGUCCUUUCUCAACAUGACGGGGUACGAUCUCAAUGAGAUUCUCGGGAAAAAUUGCCGUUUCUUGCAAGGGGACGAGACGGAUCAGUAUGCCGUCUACCGCAUCCGACUCUCCAUUGAAGAAGGAUCCGAUUGCCACGUGUGCUUGACCAACUACCGCAAGGAUGGGAGCAAGUUCUACAACCGCCUCUUCAUGACGGCGCUGCGUGAUACCAAGGGCCGGAUCAAGAACUAUUUGGGAGUGCAGUGCGAAGUCAGCAAAGAAGUGGCGCUGCGUAUCAACAGUGAAGAAAAGGAAAAGUUGGAGAACCGGCUGUAUGCGGCCCGCAUGAAGGCCACCGAGGAGAUGAGCGAACACUCCACGAGCCAGCAUGGCAGCAACCCGAGGAGAAGUACCACCAGUGGUGGUGGCCUCCGGGGCAGCGCCAAUUCGACGACCAGUCGUGGUGGUGACUUGAGGGGCAGCGCCAAUUCGACUACCAGCAAUGGCAUGCCACGAGUGAGUAGUCGCGGCAGCCUGACAAGUGUUCAAAGCAGCGGAAGUUCCACUGUUCGACGUUCCAGCAGCAAGGGCAGCUUGUCCGGGCAGCCGCAGCAGCAGCAGCAGAGCACUUCGGGUAGCAGCAAUAUCCGUCGUUCCACCAGCAGGAACAGUUUGGCGGGGUAUCAGAGAACCACGAGCCGGGGUCAUCUUGCCGGUAUGGGUGGAGAGAGCGACAGCGCGAGACGAUCCACCACAAGGCGAAGGUCCGUCGGAGAGUUCGAUGUUGGCGUCGACAUUGACGAACAACAUUACUACGAGGAGCUGGAUCAUGCCCACAAGCCACCUCGUCGUCUAUCGGCUGAUUACAGCACUGCUUCACCGACUUCGGAGUCGGUUGGAUCCAUGUCGUAUGCCGAUACACUUGAUCCGGAGGCAGAUGUAACUGCAGAAGAUGUUGCUGCCUUGUAUGGAUCCUAAGCCAGUUAACUGCAAGACACACUCCUUGGCCGAUCUCUUCCUCGCUCGCAAAUUCCCUCCUCCGAUCGCCCUCGACUCGACUCACCAAGAAACACAUUCCCUCAUCACACAAACCAAUCGAACUCGUUUCGUUUCGUACACAUACAUGCACUGCACAUAUUGAAUAACAAAAUGAUAAUACAAAGCUACCAGGUACACAGCGC